AUGGGAAAUAUCUGUGGAGAUAAUCAUGACUUAGGAUGGGAUAGUAGAUCCAACAAAAACAGACCAAAUUUCAAUAUGCAUGGAAUGGCACGUAGAUGGGAUGGAGGCAAAAUAUACUAUCUAAACUUAGUUAACAGAGCUAAUGAAGAACUUUACUUCAAGGUUGAAGCAGCAAUCUAGAAAUGGAACCAGUGGAAUGGAGAAAAUUGUUAGUGGGUUAUAGCAAGUAUGGAUACGCCUUACUGUGUUAAUUUUGUUGACGCAGCUGUACCAUUUGACCCUAAGAGCUCUUGUGGUUGCUGGAAAAAAUAAGAUUAAACUAUUUAGUUGAGUAAAACUUAUCAAAAUGGACAGCCAAUCAGAGUAGCCUGUAUCCUACAUGAAAUGAUGCACACAGCUGGAUUCAGACAUGGCGAUAAUUAUUAAGGAAUUACCAAUUACAAUUCAGUGCCAUUAGGGGCAAAUGAUCCCUAUUCAUUAAUGAACCUAGGUCAUGUAGUGUAAGGCAACUAUCCAAAUAAUCCAGAAGUACUCUCUAGAGCUGAUUCAGGAGAUAUCUUCUCCAAAGGUGAUCUACAAGCAAUCAAGUUGCUCUAUAAAUACCCUAAGUAACAUCAUGGAAUAUGGCAUAGACCUUGCAAUCCAAAUAAAUGCACUAAAGACUUUUGCCAUUGCAAUAGCUGCGGCUUAAUGCCGAAUGGAGUCAACUGUGGCUACACUGGUACAAUGUAAGGUCAUUGGACUUGUUGUCUUAACGAAGAGUAAGAUAUGCAUUGUGGGAAUCACACUGGUUUCUGGCAUGCUCCCUGCACAGAAUACGAAUGCACUGAUAUCUAUUGCAUUUGUCGCAACUGCUCAACUUCAUGCUUUUACAGAGGCAAAAAAGGACAUUGGUCCUGCUGCUUAAAAACCGAAGAAUGGGCAGAGUGCACUUAAUCGCCAUACAAGAUUUGA